GCCAACUUCAAGGAAAAGAAGCUGAAGAAAGUUAAGCAGACCGACAUUUGAGAAUUUUGUUCAGCUAUUUUUGCAACCUUCAGAAUUUUGCCGCGUUUGCUCUCGGGAUUUAAGACAGACAUGGAGUCUUUGCGAAAGAACAAGGUCUUCCUCAUUGACACUUUGUCCACGGAUGCCAGCAUCAUCUUAAAUUUUGCCCAGCAGGAAAAUAUACUCACCAGGCGUGAAUACAACAAUCUUAACCACCUCAACCACACCCGGGAAUACAUUGUAACAAAUCUUCUAGACAAAGUGAUGAACAAGGGCAACGAGACAUGUCUCAGAUUUGAGAACCUCCUGCAAUGCCAAGACCUUCAGGAGAAUUUCCCUCAGCUUAGGAAGCUUUUCUUGCCCCCAUCUCUACCACUAGAUACGGCAGCUGUUGAAGAGGCCAGUGAAUACAAGAUGACUGACAAGCGUGGUCUCUGUGUGAUCAUUAACAAUGUAGACUUUGUUCCACCAAGACAAGGAUCAAAUGCAGAUGAAGAUUCUCUUAAAGAGGUGUUUGAAUGGCUGGGUUUCACCGUGAGGGCUUACAAAAACCAAACUGCAGCACAGAUGAGGGAUGUACUUAAGAGCCUGAGCCAGGAAGAACAUGCUGGUGGUUGUUUCGUAUGUUGCAUCCUCAGCCAUGGAUCUAUUGAUGGUGUACUUGGAAUAGACGGAGGAACUGUGUCCAAGGAUGACAUAUUUCGUCCAUUUUGUGGAACGUCCUGCCAGGGUCUCAUCGAUAAACCUAAAGUGUUCUUCAUCCAGGCCUGCCGCGGAAAACAGUUCCAAAAACCAGUUCAGGUUCAAGCUGAUAGCCUUGCAGAAAUGAAAGAGGAAGCAGACUUAUACACAGAUGCUGUUCAAGUGAUCUCCAUCCCGGCUGAUGCAGAUUUUCUUGUGGUGAGGUCCACCGUUAAAGGAUACUAUUCACUGAGAGACAUAGUUUCAGGCAGCUGGUUUAUCCACGCUUUAUGUAGUCAACUAAGAGCACACUGUCCAAAAGGCGAGGAUAUCAAUUAUAUCUUGCUCCGUGUGAAUGAGGAGGUCAGCCAGAAAGGUGGAAAACAGAUGCCUGUUUACAAAGUGACCUUGAGGAAGAAGUUGGUGUUCCGUGUGCCAAGAAUGACUAAAUCUUGAGUGAAUCUAUAAGGCCAAGUUUUGUGUAAAUGUGAACAAAGUCAAACAUUAGACCAGUUGUAAUAUUCAUUCCAUAAUUUGAACAGUUUUAUGGUUUUUAAACUUUUAAUUAGAGGUCUUAAAGUCAUUUGUAACAAAACAAUUGUAUUUCUAGUUUUAUAUAAUUUGGUACUAUUGGUCGUGUUAAGAGACUUAAACUGUCAAGCAGAAUAUUUUCAAUACAAACAAAACAUGCACUGAAAUAAAGUGAUGCAGAUUAUUGCAUUUGUUUAUAGUA